AUGGCUGCAGCGAUAGCCAGCUCCCUUAUUCGGCAGAAAAGGCAGGCAAGGGAGCGGGAGAAAUCUAAUGCCUGCCGCUGCGUUGGCAGCCCGAACAAGACGAAGCAAUGCGAGAACAAACCAAGUCGGUUGUCUAUGUUCUCUCGGGUCAAACUCUUUGGCUCCAAGAAGAGGAGACGGAGGCGACCAGGUCUGGUUUGGAUAUACUGUCGUUAGACCAUCACAAUCAAAAUCCAUAUGUUUGAUUACUGUUGCCAUUUCUUUUGUUUCAUCAUCACUUUCACCAACUCUGCUCUGUGCAACAAAUAUUAGGGGAACUGGGCUACCAAAGUGGCUAUAUAGGAUAAAUAGUACAAUUAUUCGAUCUGAUAUAUAUAUAUAUAUAUAUAUAUAUAUAUAUAUAUAUAUAUAUAUAUAUUAGGCUAUUUAAUCAAUAAUAGAAUGUUAAUCAUAAUCUAUAAAUAAAAAUGUAGAGCCCAGCAAAGACAGUGAGUAAGUCUCCUAUGGAUAUGUGUUUUAGUUCAUUUAGUUCGACUUAUGACAUUUCAGACUAUACUUAACGACCUAAGGGAGGAUUAUCGAACUGGCGGCUUGCUGCCAGUGAUUUUAUUUGGCCCCCCCAGGUUUUCUGAUAUUUUACAUUUUGUAAUUGUUCGACAUAAAAUAAUGUAAAAACACCAGCAAAUCAGCUCCAAGUGAUUUUAAUUUUGGAAAUCUGUUCAAAAGUAUUCCCACACAUAAUAGAGAGAUAUGUGAUCAUAUACAAAUGUAAGCAAAGUUUGAAAUUAUUAUGUUUUAGUCAAAUAUUAUAUCUGUUUGGGCUUCUUGCACUCAAUUUGCUGUCUACAAAUUCUUUGUAAUUAUGUUCCGGCCUCCUGACCAUCCGCUCAAGAAAAUAACGGCCUGCGGCUGAAUCUAGCUGAUGAUCCCUGACCUAAGGGAUAUAUUAUAUUGGUGAUUCAUACCUCAAUGUUUGCUCAUGUAAUCCUAGGUGGACCAGUACAAUGGAGCCAGCUAAGCAGGUUUAUUGCAUAACAAAAGGCCACUGGGUUUGUUGUCUUUAAAUAGCAUUACCAUGCUUCUGUCUAUUGUCUGAAUCCACAAUGAGCAAGCUUCAAAAGGCCUCUAAAAGGCUAUGCAGAUAUAUUGCUUUGAAGUACUAUAAUGGGACACAGGGUGUACAGUAAGCACCCAGCAUUUGCAAGUUUAACACAUUUCCCUGUGUAUUACACGUUCUAGUUUGGGAUUUCAAAACAAGUGGCAAAAAAAUCCAGGGACUUUUCCUGUACAGACAAUGCAGUAUAGUGGACAUACUUCAGAGCAGUGCUCUAACAGAAAACUGAUAAGGAAUUCCAAGAGAGCUCUAAGAGUCCCUGGGUGGCCCAUGCAGUCUAUUUCUCCGAGGUCCAAUUAAUAUAGUAAUGAAGGCUUAGCCCCCACUGCAGCUGACAGCACCUAACCACAGCCAGAGAGCCACGCUAUAUUCAGACAAACACCUCAGUCUGCUUUUGACCAGGGGCUCCUAACGUCUCCUAACAUUAGCCGUGCUAGAUCCCAACACUACCUUAUGGCUGGUUCUCUGUGAUGUUUACAUGGCCCCUGUUUAAUGAGCACUGCUGAGGUUUGCUGAGCGUUUGCUGAGCGUGACUCAGCCCUGCGCUUUCAGACCUAAAUGAGCUCCAGUUAAUUCCUCUCCCAUCAAGUUCACAGGCUGUUUUGUAAGUGCAUUAUGAAGGUGGGAGUGGAGGAGAUUGAGGGUGCGUUGCUCCGGAGCUGGGGCUAAGCUACCCUGCAAUGUUUCAUUCUUCACAGUCACUCCUGGAAUUCAUCUACUCCUGGCGCCGACGAAGAUGGCGGCCUCGCGACUAGCUCUUAGGAAACUUUGCAGUAUUUAGUUUUUUAUGUAUUAUUUUUUACAUUAUUAGCUCAGAAAGUGUUUUGCAUCAUUACAUACAGCCGGGAAAAAUUAUUGGAUAUCAGAGCGGCGGUAACUCACCAGCAUUACGACCAGGAAUACGACUUUCCCGAAGCAUAUCCUUUGUUUGCUCUCCCCAGGGCAACUGAACUGAUUCCAGCGGCCGACCCAAAACAUCGCCGGUGGAGGAGAGGCACUCGGAGCGGCCUGCUGGUUCGACUUAGGAGGCGCGCACACCACCCACCACGUCCAAGUAUCCUACUCGCUAAUGUUCAAUCUUUGGUUAACAAAGUCGACGAACUACGGGCAAUGAUUUCUUUCCAGAGAGACAUCAAGGCCUGUAACAUACUCUGUUUCACGAAAACAUGGCUCUCUUGGGAUAUUCUGUCGAAAUCGGUCCAGCCAGAUGGGUUCUCAGUUCAUCGCGCAGACAGGAAUAAAUAUCUCUCCGGGAAGCAGAAGGGCGGAAGUGUGUGUUUCAUGAUUAACGACUCAUGGUGUAAUUGUAGUAACAUACAGGAACUCGAGUCCUUCUGUUCACCCGACCUAGAAUAUCUCACAAUCAAAUGCCGACCGUAUUAUCUCCCAAGAGAAUUACUUUGGUUAUAGUCACGACCGUGUAUAUCUCCCCUCACGCCGAUACCACGACGGCCCUCAAAGAACUUCACUGGACUUUAUGCAAACUGGAAACCACAUAUCCUGAGGCUGCAUUUAUUGUAGCCAGGGAUUUUAACAAAGCAAAUUUAAGGACUAUCAACAUAUCGACUGUUGUACUCGCGCUGCUAAAAUCCUUGACCUUUGCUAUUCAAACUUCCGGGAUGGUUAUAAGGCCCUCCUUUCAGCAAAUCUGAUCACGACUCCAUUUUGCUUCUCCCUUCCUAUAGGCAGAAACUCAAACAGGAAGUACCCGUGCUAAGGACUAUUCAACACUGGUCUGACCAAUCGGAAUCCACGCUUCAAGAUUGUUUUGAUCACGCGGACUGGGAUAUGUUCCGGGUAGCUUCCGAAAAGAAUUUAGACGAAUACACUGAAACAGUGACUGAGUUUAUCAGGAAGUGUAUAGGUGAUGUUGUGCCCACUGUGACUAUUAAAACCAGAAACCGUGGAUAGACGGCAGCAUUCGCGCAAAUCUAAAAGCGCGAACCACCGCAUUCAACCAUGGCAAGGUGACUGGGAAUAUGGCAGAAUACAAACAGUGUAGCUACUCACUCCGCAAGGCAAUUAAACUGGCAGAACAUCAGUAUAGAGACAAAGUGGAGUCGCAAUUCAACGGCUCAGACACGAGACGUAUGUGCCAGGGUCUACAGACAAUCACGGACUAUAAAAAGAAAACCAGCCACGUCGCCGACACCGACGUCUCGCUUCCAGACAAGCUAAACACCUUCUUCGCCCGCUUUGAGGAUAACACAGUGCCACUGACGAGGCCCACUACCAAGGACUGUGGCCUCUCCUUCUCCAUGGCCGACGUGAUUAAGACAUUUAAGCAUGUUAACCCCCGCAAGGCUGCCGGCCCAGACGGCAUCCCUAGCCGUGUCCUCAGAGCAUGCGCAGACCAGCUGGCUGGUGUGUUUAUGGACAUAUUCAAUCUCUCCCUUUCCCAGUCUGCUGUUCCCACAUGCUUCAAGAUGGCCACCAUUGUUCCUGUACCCAAGAAAGCAAAGGUAACUGAACUAAAUGACUAUCGCCCUGUAGCACUCACCUCUGUCAUCAUGAAGUGCUUUGAGAGACUAGUCAAGGAUCAUAUCACCUCUUCCUUACCUGUCACCCUAGACCCACUUCAAUUUGCUUACCGCCCCAAUAGAUCCACAGACGAUGCAAUCACCAUCACACUGCACACUGCCCUAUCCCAUCUGGACAAGAGGAAUACCUAUGUAAGAAUGCUGUUCAUUGACUAUAGCUCAGCAUUCAACACCAUAGUACCCUCCAAGCUCAUCAUUAAGCUCGAGGCCCUGGGUCUGAACCCCGCCCUGUGCAACUGGGUCCUGGACUUCCUGACGGGCCGCCCCCAGGUGGUGAAGGUAGGAAACAACAUCUCCACUUCGCUGAUCCUCAACACUGGGGCCCCACAAGGGUGCGUGCUCAGCCCCCUCCUGUACUCCCUGUUCACCCAUGACUGCGUGGCCAAGCACGCCUCCAACUCAAUCAUUAGUUUGCAGACGACACAACAGUAGUAGGCUUGAUUACCAACAAUGACGAGACCGCCUACAGGGAGGAGGAGAGGGCUCUGGGAAUGUGGUGCCAGGAAAAUAACCUCUCACUCAACAUCAACAAAACAAAGGAGAUGAUCGUGGACUUCAGGAAACAGCGGAGGGUGCACCCCCCUAUCCACAUCGACGGGACAGCAGUGGAGAAGGUGAAAAGCUUCAAGUUCCUUGGCUUACACAUCACCGACAAACUGAAAUGGUCCACCCACGCAGACAGUGUGGUGAAGAAGGCGCAACAGAGCCUCUUCAACCUCAGGAGGCUGAAGAAAUUCGGCAUAGCACCUAAAACCCUCAGAUGCACAAUUGAGAGCAUCCUGUCAGGCUGUAUCCCCGCCUGGUAUGGCAACUGCACUGCCCACAACUGCAGGGCUCUCCAGAGGGUGGUGCUGUCUGCCGAACGCAUUACCGGGGGUAAACUACCUGCCCUCCAAGACACAUAUAACACCCGAUGUCACAGGAAGGCCAAAAAGAUCAUCAAGGACAUCAACCACCCGAGCCACUGCCUGUUCACCCCGCUAUCAUCCAGAAGGCGAGGUCAGUACAGGUGCAUCAAAGCUGGGACCGAGAGAAUGAAAAACAGCUUCUAUCUCAAGGUCAUCAGACUGUUAAAUAGCCAUCACUAGCGCAUUAGAGGCUGCUGCUGCCUAUUGAAAUCACUGGCCACUUUAAGAAAUGGUACUCUAGUCACUUUAAUAAUGUUUACAUUACGUGUAGCUCAGUUGGUAGAGCAUGGGGCUUGCAACGCCAGGGUUGUGGGUUCGAUUCACAUGGGGGGCCAGUAUGAAAACAUUUAUGCACUCACUAACUGUAAGUCGUUCUGGAUAAGAGCGUCUGCUAAAUGACUCAAAUGUAAAUGUUAAUAUCUUGCACUACUCAUCUCAUAUGAAUAUACUGCAUUCUAUUCUAUAAUAUUCUACUGUAUCUUAGUCCAUGCCGCUCUGUCAUUGCUUGUCCAUAUAUGUAUAUAUUCUUAAAUCCCAUUCCUUACUAGUUUUGUGUGUAUUGGGUAUAUGUUGUGAAAUUGUUAGAUAUUACUGCACUGUCAGAGCUAGAAGCACAAGCAUUUCGCUACACCCGCUAUAACAUCUGCUAAACACGUGUAUGUGACAAAUAAAAAUUGAUUUGAAUUGAUUUGAUCAGAACUGGAUACACACCAUGAUACUAGCCAAUACCCUCUAUCAUCACUCCUCAGCCCCACCCUGAGGUGGGAUGGGGAGUCGGGAAGGGACGAGGACAGGCAGUGUGUGGCUUACGUAACACAUGUGGAGCCUCAGCGGCAGCAGAGAAGUUUCUGCUGUGGCUCAGAGUGUGUUUGUGUGUGUGCAUGUGUUUGGGUGAGAGAGAAGAUCCCUGAGCAUGUCUCAUGGUAGAAAAAGCAGCCUACUGAUUUCACCUUAUGGUGCCAUUCCCUGUCUCCGAUACAUACUGUACCUUUGUGAAUGUGUGUUUUGGAGGUAGCAUGGGAGUUUUCAAAUAAAGAAGUCUUCCAAGCAUUCUCCUCUUCCAAUCCCUAUAUAUCCAUUCAAUGCAAACAUUGAAGAACAUGCUCUUUAUGCCUUAUUAUAUGAACCCAGAUGGCUACAGUACACAGCAUCCCACUCAGAUGACUUGGGAAAAAUGGACUGACAUUUUGGCGAAACACCCUGCUUUUGAAACGGACGUCAUCCUCCUUCUGUAUUGGUCUUGAAAGGUUCAGAUAAUAGGGAGCCAGUGGUGCAAAAAAAUAGCCAAAGCAUGUGUAUCGGCCAGGCGGUAACCUUUGUGAGGGUAGAAGUGGCAGGAUUGAAAGGUAAGGCAGGUGAAAGAGAAGAUGAAAGGUGUGGUAAACCGCAGUAAAGGACACUCCUCUAGGGACAGGGACAUGGAUAAAGGACAGCUCUUAUUGAAACAUGACACAACAAAAUGUCAAGAUUGUAUAAACAUUGACACUGCCAGUUCCAGUUUUCUUAACUAAUGACUUAGGUAAUCCAAUUGGCUAGCAGAAUUUGUACUUUUUAAGAGUGUGCUCUAAGUUGUCCAGGAACAUUUAUUUCAAUGGCAUAGAUGGACAGAAAUUAUUAUCAAUUACACCAGAAAAGAAAGAUGUAUACCCCAUAUCUUAAAACGUGGCAUUUUUGCUAGGGAAUACACAAACAUCAUAUAGACAGUUGACAUUUUAAAAUAUCGAGGCAGUGCUUAUCCUAGAUAAAUAUUUGCUCUUACUCUUAAGCACAUAUUCUCCUUUUAAUCCUCUCCGGUGUAGCCACAGGCCUCUUUGGAAUAAACCCAGACUUCCUUUGUAGUCUCCCUAGUCAGGAACUGUUUGCUCAUACACCAGUAUCCAUGGCUUGAGUUUAUAGAUGUCAGCAGGGAUGUGUUUGCACUGGUCUCUUGAGCCUUUGGAGAGCUGAGAAUGUGGCUAUGCUGGGUCUAUUGGGAGCAGGACUGGGGGACUGGUUAGUUACUGUAGUCUAUAGCUUAGCGUGCCAGGCUUCUAUAGGAUAGGAUCUCUUGUUAAACGAUACAUGGCUGGUGGAUGGGUAAAUAAGGCUCUUGUGUGGGCACACAACUGAACUUAGAUCAGCAUCUUGAUAACAUAACUUACAUCAGCAUCUUGAUAACAAAACAUAGAUCAGCAUCUUGAUAACAGAACAUAGAUCAGCAUCUUGAUAACAGAACUUACAUCAGCAUCUUGAUCACAGAACAUAGAUCAGCAUCUUGAUAACAGAACAUAGAUCAGCAUCUUGAUAACAGAACUUACAUCAGCGUCUUGAUAACAGAACUUACAUUUGCAUCUUGAUAACAGAACUUACAUCAGCAUCUUGAUAACAGAACUUACAUCAGCAUCUUGAUAACAGAACUUACAUCAGCAUCUUGAUAACAGAACUUACACCAGCAUAUUGAUGCAACUUCAUCUUUCUCCAGGAAUGAGACAAGCCUUGAUGCAGAAUCAGAAUCUCACACUGCCCCUAUCCUCCACUCCCUCUCUCCUCCCCUCCUUUCCUCCCUCCCUCUUUCCUUCCCUCCCUCCCCUCCCCUCCCUCCCCUCCCUCCCCUCCCCUCCCUCUCUCCUUCUCGCCUCAGAACCCCAGUUGAAGGGGAUCGUGACGAAGCUGUACAGUCGACAGGGCUUCCACCUACAGCUGCAAGCAGAUGGCACCAUCGACGGGACGAAGGAGGAGGACAAUGGCUACAGUAAGUCUCCUCUCCUCUGUGUAUUUAUUAGGGCACACCUUAGCAUAACACUUUGCAACACAAACUGAGAAAACAAGCAUUUCUUAUUGGACAAGUUCAGGUAGUCCCUUUCUUUUUUUUCUUUUUUUGGGUGUCAAAUUAAUCCAUCUACCUAGCCCAUCUUCUCACCAUCCUGUUUCUCUGUACAUAUAAACACUGUCAACAGGAAGUUACUGUGCAUCAACACACAGUAAACAGUGUUACGACACAGUACACCAUGGAGACACUUCCUGGCUGAUUCACUUUCAAAGAAGAAGCACAGCUUUGAUCUGUACAUUCUGCAUACUGUACUAAGUUGUUGCUGACAUUCUUUCUAGCUCGGAUCACAUUUGAGCUCUCUCCACUGCUACAGAUAUUUACUGCGUAUCUCCUCGCUUGCUCAUACAGAUAGACUUAUUUAGUUCAGUCUAUUUGUAUCCCAUAUUAUCCCUUCCUUAGAUUUUCCAAAGCCUUCAAGAUGUGUCUCAACUGAACAAUAGAAAAGAAAGUGGUCUAUGGCAAUGAUUUGGAGCAUUAGAUUGUGCUUAGGCAGACUGAUAGUAUAAUGGCCUCAGUACAGUGGCUGAUUGGCUUUUUUAAUCUCUUACAUACCUCCUUUAGUAACAGCAGGCUUUCUGUAAUCCACACAGUAUUGAUAAUUCACUAUCAUUACUCCCACUUGAUGCUAUGUUUUUCUAUGGACAGAUUAAAUUAGAGAUCGAUAGUUAAAAAACAGCAUACAUUCAACAGGCCCAAACACAAUCCAAUACAAGUGGAUAUAUAUAAAUUAGAUAGAUGUACAGACUGAUGGAUGUUUGAGGGCUCUGCACAUGGAGUCCCAGUGUUUUCUGUGCAGGCUGUUAGAGAUGCACUCAUCCUGAUUGCCACACAGUGACUAUUGACAGCUGCUACCUGCUCUGUUAAACCAGGACUGUUAUUGCUGGCAACUGUAUUGGAUGUCAAAUAAUUGUAUGUCAUUAGCUAGGUCUCCAUCCAAUUGGCGACAGAUUUUCAAGUGAAUAUUCUCAAAUCUGCAUAAAAACUAUGAAAUCUGCAUAAAAACUAUGAAAUCUGCAUAAAAACAAUAAAAUCUGCAUAAAAACAAUACAUCCGCACAGUAAACAAGAGAUGUGUUUCCAUCAAAUUAACUUGUUGCAGAUAAAUGGCUGUGUGUGAUGUCGUAGUGGACAUAAAAAUAACUUUUGCGGUUAACCACACAACAUAUCAUUGCAUCACUCCAAGUUUACUUCGAUAUGAUGGUUAUUAUAUUAAUAUUUGCGCGUAAAGUAAUUUCCACCGCCAUUUCUUGCAUAAUUAAUUUUACAGACACAAAAAGAUCCCACGUUGUCUUGCGUAUUUUUUGUUGUUGUCGACAUUUGGAAAGUUUACUGACAAAGUUGCUGUUUCCAUCAGACCUGCUGUGACAUAUUUUAUCUGACAUGGACUUUACUGGCAUAGAAAGGUUGGAUGGAAACUUGGUUAUUAUGACACUUCUCAGUAAAAAAAAAGAUCACUAGCUAUGUUUUCAUUAACUUGUCCAGUGAUUUUUUUGGUCGACAUUUAGAAAGUUUGCAUAGAAAAAAUAUAUUUGACAAUUUCCUGCUACAGUGUGUUUCCAUUUAACAAUCUUGUAUCGAUAAAAACAGCUGGACAUUAUGACAUCACACCUAAAAUAUAAAUCGCAAAAACCUACAGUGUCGAAUAGAAAUAUAGUGGUUGAAGUGUUUCCAUUACCCAUUUAGCCAAAUUGCGCAUUAAUAAAUUGGCGACAGCCUGUAUGCCCUCCCGCCUAUCUGUUUAAUGUCUCAGGUAGCUCGCAAAAGCCAGCAUGGAUAGAAUCCAAGAAUUUACUAAUAUUUUCCAUAUUCUAAUAAUUAUCAUGUGCCUGAACGUAUCGUCUCGGUCUGUGCCAUGGUGAAACUUGCACUCCUGUAGAUCUGAAAUAAUUGAAUGUUGAAACUUGCAUCCAGCCAACCAGAAAAGCAAGGCGAAAUAAUUCAGCCAAUUCUUGAAAGUCAGGACAAGGAUCCUGAAAAUAAACAUUAUUUUUGUAGUUUAAAAAUAGAUUUAGAAUAGUGGAGCUUUAUAGUUACGUGUUGACAUCACGUGCUCCAUGUAUCUUCAAAAUUAUUCGACAAUCAUAUUUUAUUCGAAAAACACAGUUUUCAUCUAUUUUGGCGCAAUAAAGAAAGUUUGACUAAAUAAAAAUUCAUCCCUGUCAAAUGGAUAAAAAAUGUUGUCAAUCUUUAGAAAAUGUCUCCUAUAUCUGCCGUUUCCAUUACACAUGGUGCAAUGAUUUUUUGGGGUGACAUUGCUUUUGUCGAGUAAACCUGGGUCAAUGGAAACCUGUCUAUUGACUGCUAUUGUUAUAUGAACACAGUCCUACCCUGUCCUGAUAAGUGCUCUACCAGAGUUGCCUUGGCAGAGUGUUAGGUAGACUAUUACCUGUCCCAGAGCGCCAUGCCCUCCCAGCGUUGGCGCGACUCGGAGGUGCCCGCUCGUCACCCGUGCCUCAGAUGGCGCCAUGUGGUUUGUCAUCAAGGCACUAAUGUCAUACCUGCCGCUGCCUGCAUCACCAUCACCCUGACGCUAAAUUACUGUGGCAUUCUGGGAGACUGUAAAUUAGCCCUGACUAUAUUCAAUUAGUCACUUAAACCAGAUGACGCUUCUAUCACACAAAUUGACAACCCUUCUGUGCAGCCUGCGUGUCAGCCGCAGCAAUAAAUGACUCGGUAAUCGUCUGGUUUUACUAUGUUGCCUUCUCUAGAGGAGAGCGGCAGGAGGGAUGAAGGAGAUAUGAAUUAAAUAGAAGGGAGGUAGCGUACUUAGAGAAGAGAGUCCGAACACAACAUACUCAAAGAAGGCACAACACAUAACCACUCCCUUUUCUCGUAGUGCUGGUUAGAUAGAUGCAUUAACAGUUACCUAUUGAGAUAAGUUAUGUAACAAUUGGCAUGCUUUUCCCAACCAAAACAUUUCCAUUUGGAAGAAAAACAUUAUACAGCCUGGUUGAAUAAGAAGGGGAGAAAAGUGAAGCUGUUUGCACCCGUCCAAAAAUAGAGUUGUUAGGCGCUGGGUGCUCUUGUCUCCAUGGUGACGGCAGUACAGUGGUGAUGGCUCUACUGGUGUCUUGUGAUGGUGGGGAGGACCUACUCAAAUACAAGCUCACACACACACACACACACACACACACACACACACACACACACACACACACACACACACACACAAGCCUUCUAACAUUGCUGCGGUAGCACUCUCAUGAAUAUACAGCAGUGUUUGUUGAUGUUUACCAAAUUCAGAGCAGUCCAAUUUUUGCUCUAGCUGAGCAGGCCGUUUUUGAGCCAUGAAAUUAGUUGACCUAUCAAAAUAAUAUUACUAAUCAGGCAGCCCUCAUUAGAGGCAAAUUAAUAUCAAGUGUUGAAUCAACAAAUCCUUCCUACAUUAAAACAAUGUUUUUAUACAUUGUAGCACAGUUUUUGGUUGUUUAUGAUCUGAAAGAUUAUGCUAAAUACUGUCCAUGCAUACUAAUUUGUUUCCAAAGAAGGAACACUGAUUAAAGACAUUCUUAAAGGGGAUUCACCCACCCCUUUCUCCUCACUGUCACAACAAUGAGUUAAAGAGACAGACCCUAAUGUUGUAUAAUAACAGCCAAAGAACACUGCUCAAUCAAUCGGGUUAUACCCUUCAGCCAAGAUUCACACACAUUGAUCUAAUUGGCUAAUCAAUGGCCAGGGGUUGGGAGGCGAAGCGUUUGUCGUCGGGUAGAUUUGAAUCUGUUUGUCCCUUUCUCUGUAUGUUGAGACCUGAACAGUAAUGUUAAUGCUGAUGAUCUGAGCUCUGCUCGUUAAGCCUGGGUGCAGCAGCACUGCUUUGUUCCUUCCUAAUCAUCUCCUAUGGAGAAUGGUUCUCAGACAUUUUACAUUUACAUUUUAGUCAUUUAGCAGACGCUCUUAUCCAGAGCGACUUACAGUUAGUGAGUGCAUACAUAAUUUUUUUUCAUACUGGCCCCCUGUGGGAAUCGAACCCACAACCCUGGCGUUGCAAACGCCAUGCUCUACCAACUGAGCUACAUUCCUGCCAGCCAUUCCCUCCCCUACCCUGGACGACGCUGGGCCAAUUGUGCGCCGCCCCAUGGGUCUCCCGGUCGCGGCCGGCUACGACAGAGCCUGGAUUCGAACCAGGAUCUCUAGUGGCACAGCUAGCACUGCGAUGCAGUGCCUUAGACCACUGUGCCACUCGGGAUUUCCGACAUGCAGUACAGAAACAGAAACAGUGGGUUUGAAGUAGAACAAUACAAUAAAAUGUAGUCACGUGUAGAAAGUAGUUAGUCUCUUAUGAGGACUAAGCAUGUCUCUUUCUCUUAUGUUCAUGUUGACAGUAGUCACAACCCACUGACUUAGAAACAUGUACUUUAUGCUCAGGUUAGUGUGUUAUUGUAAACCUAAAGGUCAGUGGGAAUCUGAAAGUUUGUCACUGUAUCAGCCACUGCCGACCAUUGACAGAGCAAAAAGAGUCAUAGUGAUGGUCAUGUCCGUCAGUGGUUACGAUGAGACAGAGAACAGGCUAGAGGUCAUGAUGAGGUAAUGAGUCGUGAGUCUGUGCGUGUGUGUGUGCGUGCGUGUUUAUUUGUAUGUGUGUGUGUCGGGUGUGUGUGUGUGGUGCGGGAGCCUCAGCCCUGGCCCGGUCUCUCCUCCAGCACCUCAGGUGUUUUGUGAGGUAGAAGUAAUUGAGUUUCCCCAGGGGCCGAUUGUCUGGUAAUCCCCCUGAAAUGAAGUUUACCGCAGCUGUGUCUGUGUCGUGGGUACGGGUCUCAACACGCAGCGAAGAGAGAGAAAAGGAGAGAGAGGAGAGAGAGACACACAUUAAGUGGAUAGAUUCAUGUAGUCAGAUGAGCAGCAGCAGAAAUAGAUCAAGAGUGAAGGAGAUAAAUAGAGAGAGAGAGAGAGAGGCGGAGAGAAAUGGGGAGAGAGAGAUGGGGACUGGAAGAGGGAGAGAGGGAGUAUUAUUAAGUGGAGGGAUCCCCUCGUGCUACAGGGAGAUGAGCUGUAGCGGGAAUGGGGUCACCUAUACCAUGAUCAAUGUUCCCUCAAAAACAAUUAGGCACUGAGCAAAUUUCAGGUCUGCUGAGUGCAAACUUGAACGUUGUGAAAAUUCUGUGCAACUUCCAGAGCGCUUUUUCUGUGAACGCUGAACACCCACUUUAAGUUACAGUUUUAACAGUGGCCAAGUAGGCUACUGUGGCUAUUUGAUCAUAAUGUAGGCCUACCAGAGUGGCCUACCAUCAAAAACAACGGAGAAAAUUCAUCCCAUAACAUCUUAACAUGGAAAUAGUUGUUAUAUCAUUCAGUCUACAGUGGCAGCAAAUGUGUGGUGCUCAAUGUAGGCCUACAUUCCAUGGGACUUGACAUUAACCUGUUUAUCCAAUUGUCCUUCAGACAAGAAGGUGACUGAAAAUGUUGUUGUGUUGUUUGAUGCAAGAAACCACUUUACAAAAUAAAAUGCAUUAUUAUUCCCAUACCAUUAUUACAGAGAAUCAGACAAAUCUGCCUAUUGGCUACUUAGCUUAUUCAAGCCUGUCUCAAAAUACAACACUGUCCUUUUAAGACAAAAAAAGCUCUUUAACUGACUUGCUUUUCAAAGAUGUCUAGAAAUGUACACGUUUUGUGCUCUUGUAGGAAGCAAUCACUCCCCUAUUGCUGACUACAAAUAUUUCUAUAACUGGGCUAAUAACUCACUAACUAGCAAAGGAUAUGAACAAAAUGUGCACACAUGGCUACAUGCAGCUCUUGCUUCGAUCUCAAAACAAGCCCAUUAUUAACACCACAGCUGUAAACACAGUCCAGUUCAAAGUAAAUGGCACAGAUCCAUAUAUGGCAAUGGUCUAUUUCCAUAUAGGCCUACUGCAGCUCUGAUCGGUAAUGCCGCACCUGUCUGUGUAGAGUACAGGCUGAGUCAUGCACAAUAGAAUCCUACUCCGAUGUGUUCUGCCUACAACAAAAUCUCUUGCAUAGUUUGUUUUGUUUUGGUAUGUUGCAUUGAAAGGGGCUAAUAUUGCGUUGAUUCGAUCACAAUUGCCACAGUAAAGGGAAACAUUGAUAGUGUUAUCUAACUAACAGGGAAAACUCUAGAAAGUUGAGUGAAGUUCAAUCUCGUGCUUCUCUCAGUGGGCUGAUAUUUCUUCUGAGCUCUGUGCCGCAGUCCCAGGGGGGCAGCACGGCAGUCUCGGGCUACUGCGCACCUGCGCACGCGAGCAGCUUAGAGGGAACAUUGACUAUGAUGGAAAUGGAAUCCUGUCUAUGCCCCUACUGAUACUUUCAACAAAAAAAACACUUUAGCUACAUCAACUAAACUAACAUACAUACACAAUCCACAAAGUACUUCCUACCACACUCAUGUAAGUGUAGGCCCACCUACCUGAAAGCCAGUUACACCACACAGAGCCUCUGAAAAUAGCAGUAAGUAACAUAGUUAGCUGAUCCCAGAUCAGUUAUCUCUGUGUAGAAGGCAGAAGAUGUGGCUCAGGGUGGAGGGCUCUGGUGGGACUGGGAUUAGCCCAGGUCUGCUGGGGCUCCGGAAGGCAGGGAGGGAAGCUGGCAGGGCCUUGAUGUGGCAUUAAUGGAGGAUGAAGGGAAGAGAGGAAGGUGGAGAAAUAAAGGGAGGAGAGGAGAGAUGACGGGAGGAGAGGCGAUAUGGAGGAAAUAGAGGAGGAGAGAUCAAGGUGUAUUCAUGGCAUCAUCCUAAAGGACCACCUCUACAGUGUUUAUGUCACGCGGUGGAAAACUAACCAGGUUCUUAGGAUCUGGGUUGAGCAGGCAGUGUGAAAUAGAGGCAGACAUAGGAUCAGUUUUCAAACAAGGCAUUACUUUCUCCAUAAAACAUUUCAAAUGAGUUUAUAACAUCAAUCCAUAUCGUUGUCAAGUUAUCCAUACUUUGCUUUCACUUCUCAGUUCUUCUAUUUUCAUUAUUUGACUUUAAAAACCAUGCUAAUUAAAAUCACAGAACAAACAUGCAAACCAAACAAAAUAAAACAAAGGGGUAUAGGAAGCAACACAGUCCAGCAGGCAGGCAUCCAUAUUAUUUUCUCAGAACUUAGUCACAACAGCACAACUCCGUUAACAUUGUGCUCUCACCAAACGUGUCAGCUACAAGCUCUCUGCAAAAGGAUCCACCAUACUGCAUAACUUCCUGUGGGCGGCCACCUAGAACACAAAAAGAGGGGGGUUUAAAGAGCCACUGAACAUGCCGAUUGACACGUGUGUUUUUCUGUUGCUUAUUAGAAAAAUGUGAUUUCAGUCUUGGAGGUGUGUUUCCUGACCGAUUCCGCGUUUGGUUAAUGAUGUUUGUCCCCCGUGUGACACUGUAGUCGAGGAAGCCUAUUUCACUUCCUCAAAAUCCCCAGAAUGAAUCUAAGAUAACUCAAUAAAUCUUUAAUGAAUUUGGACAUUUUUGCCGAUUAUGUUUUAGUUGUGCAAUUUUACAUCUAACUAAGGUGUUUGGUGCAGUAUUUCUCAAGUACAUAUUUUUGAAAUUCCAUUUUGCAUUGAUUAGAGAUCUCCGACUUCACGUUGCUACUCAUGGAGCUUCUGACUGUAGUGCCAACAAUAAUAAGCUACUCGUGUGAAACCUGUGUAGGCUAUACGGUCUUUUUCUGAGGCGCACGUAAUAAAAAAUGAAUAUUCUCGCAAGUAUUUGAAUACUAACGUCCUUUCGGAUAUUCCAAAAUUUGAAAAACCGUUCCCAUCCCUAGUGUAAAUCCCCUCACACAGAGAUGUGCCCGACCCUGCGCUCUGUUACUAGAGGGCAUGGAUGUGGCAGCAUGGCAGCACUGUGCACAAUUAAUGCCAGGCAGGACAGAAGAGGACUGGGCAGGACACAGCAGCAAAGCUACUGUUUGGCCCUGAUGUUGCCUGCCGUAAGUCUGAGAAAACAGUUACAAUAUGGCUUAACAGCAAUAGCUACAAUAACAGCUUCACUUUGAGAAAAAGAGCACAAACCAACCAUCGUCCCUGUUAGCCUUUUUUCAGCGAGGGUGAGAGUUUAUAUAUAUUUUUUAAAGCAUUAUGUAACCUUUUUAAGACUACAUCUUUUGCCUCUCUCCAACACUGCUCACACUAUGAAAACUUCCUCUCUCUUCCGGAAUUCUAGUGUAGUCCUCUGUGGUGGCGGGCUGCCUCUCUAUCCCUUGGCAUACGAAUGCAGUGUGGCCAGGGGAGAUUGUCAGGUUCCUGGCUAGCACGGUGACAGUAGGACAAAGGUGUGAGCGGGUUUGGCAUAAGAGGGCAGAGCCAGGCUGAGGGAGGUCUCUCUUUAGCCUGCUAAGCUAAGCACUACUGUAGCUAACUCCAUUGAGUAGACUGGGGUAGAGUGAAUGGAUAUGGUUGGCAGGAAUAGUGGGGGCAGGAGUCUUAGCUUUAUGUUGUUUUCUACUUGGAUUAGGUCCGCUCCUAUGAUGGCGACACUGUGCUACCUGCUGCAGUUUACAACAUAGUCAUAUAUUUAGAUGGAAAACUGAGACUGAGACAUGGUUUCACUAAAUACUAUUUAUUGGUGGAUAAAGCAUGUGCCUACCAUAUUCUUCACAAGUUAUUAGACUUUUUCCCUCUAUUUGUUGACAGGAUUGUGAGUAACUCUCUCUUUUUCCCAGUAGGUCCCCCAGGUCCUCUGGUACUGGCCUUUUAACUAUCCCAAAGCCUAGGACCAAGAGGCAUGGAGAGGCAGCAUUUAGUUAUUAUGCCCCCAGCCUCUGGAAUAGCCUGCCAGAGAACCUGAGGGGGGCCGAAACUGUGGACAUAUUAAAAAGAGAUCUUAAAACACACAUUUUUAGCUUUGCUUUUCCUUAUGCUUUUUUAUUCUUUCAUUUUUUUAAGUGUUAUUCAUUCGUUUUUUUAUCCUUUUGUGUUUGUUGUGAAGUAAAUAUUUCAGUUAUUUUUUUCAUUGUUUUUUUUUUUUAUUUUAAUUUUUUAUAUAUUUUUUUUAUAUUAGCAUUCCAUGUCUGAAAUGUGCUGUAUAAAUAAAGCUUGAUUCUCCUCCCCAGCCAUAUUCAACCUCAUUCCAGUGGGGCUUCGAGUGGUGGCGAUCCAGGGAGUUCAGACCAAGCUCUACCUGGCCAUGAACAGCGAGGGCUUCCUGUACACAUCAGUAAGUCUCUCAAACACACACAGAGCACAGAAGUGCUAACCUCUCCUGCUCUCCCUGGUAUAACACAGGGCUCCAUAUGGUCAGCUUGCAACAAAUGUAUCAACCCCUUUCCUAACCUCACAAUCAUUAAGAACUACCUCCAAGAAAUAUUGGUUCCUUCAUUUCUCCCUGCUACUUUCUGGCACAAACCCAUUUGCAGUGCAUAGUCAAUGCUACAUCAUCACAGUGCAUGCAGAAUACUGAGCUCCCACCGUAAUGACAUGUUUCCAAACAGGUGUCCCCAGUUGUUUACCAUCUGUGCCCCAGCCAUGCCUCUCUCACCAGGUGGCUAGAGUGGGUGUGCAAGCAGGGGGCCCAGCUGGCAGCAUGAUUUCUUGUGGCGGAGGUGAUGAAUGUGUGUGUGCCUACUUAUGUGAGUGUGUUUGUGUAGGUUUAUAGGCAUACAGAUGAUGUGUGUGCACUGGUAAUGAUGAGGGCAUAAGAGGAGUAGAGUGUGUUUGUUAUGUUUAUGUGUGUGUGUGUGUGUGUGUGUGUGUGUGUGUGUGUGUGUGUGUGUGUGUGUGUGUGUGUGUGUGUGUGUGUGUGUUUGUUUAUGUGUGUGCGUUGGGGUGCUUAUGUCACCAGAGUACCCCCCUCCCUUCGGCUGACCUUCCGGACCGGCUGUAUGGAGCUGAAAUGCCGGGUUACUAUGGUGACAUGAACAGCUGGAAGGAACAGAUGCAGUAUGUGGGCUGCAUGAAGCCAUGGCACACUCCAUCCAUCCUGUAGAGAGAGAGAGUCUAUGUCAUGGAAAGAGCAGGUGUUCUUAAUGUUUUGUGCACUCAGUGUAGACUGACCAGGUGAAUGCAGGUGAAAGCUAUGAUCCUUUAUUGAUGUCACUUGUUAAACCCACUUCAAUCAGUGUAGAUGAAGGGGAGGAGACAGGUUAAAGGAGGAUUUUGUAAGCCUGGAGAUAAUUGAGACAUGGAUUGUGUGUGUGGCAUUCAGAGGGUGAAUCGGCAAGACAAAAUAUUUGAGUGCCUUUGAACGGGGUAUGGUAGUAGGUGCCAGGCGCACCGGUUAGACUGUGUCAAGAACUGCAACGCUGCUGGGGUUUUUCACACUCAACAGUUUCCCAUGUGUAUCAAGAAAGGUCCAACUCCCAAAGGACAUCCAGCCAACUUGAAACAACCUUGUAGAGUCCAUGCCCAGACAAAUUGAGGCUGUUCUGAGGGCGAAAGGGGUGCAACUCAAUACUCAGUGUUCAAAACAUGAAAACUCUCCAAAUAGUAGAUUUCAUUUGAUCAACUACAACUUUAGAAUCCAUUCUCAAUGGUCCAGGGUUUCUUGGCCAUAAACAGCCCUUGGCAGGGAUUCAAUCCGAUCGCGCAUUAACACCAAUUCACCAUUUAAAGUUAAUAUCCGAUUCAGCCUACAAAUGCAGCAUUUACCGUGAAUGCGGUCUUCGUGAACGUGGGAACAUUGCCUUUAAAAGCUGCGUUGUCCACAAAUCACGAUGCGAUUGAAUCCUGGCCCUUGUCUCACUAAGCCUGAUCUGACUGUAGUCAUGGGCCAUAGUACAGUAGAAGGAACCUUAAAGCCUGAGUGUAAUUACUAAUUACAUCCCAAUGAAUAUUAUCACAGAGUAGAAACAUAUCCACUGGGAUCGACAAAGCUGAGUAGGCCUGAGGCGAAAAACAGAGAAAUAAUACAAAUAAAACUCCCCCCUACACCUUCCCUCCUUCCCCUGUAAUUAAAACAUAUGCACUGAGCUGCUGCUUUAAUAUAAUUUAAUUUAAUAAAGAUGGAUCUUGCCUGGACUCCACAGGCUGUGUGUGUGUGUGUGUGUGUGUGUGUGUGUGUGUGUGUGUGUGUGCGUGUGUGUGUGAGAGAUAUUUAUCUCACCUGUGGUGGUGAAUCAUAGAAUAAGCUAAAGCGCUCCCCUCAGGUGAAUGUCUGUGUUGUUGUGUGGUUGUACUCUGAUCCUCUGCUUCUCUGCUCCCCUGUUCCUCUGUCCUCUGCUCCCCUGCUCCCCUGCUCCUCUGCUCCUUCUGCUCCCCUGCUCCCCUGCUCCUCUGAUCCUCUGCUCCUCUGCUCCCCUGCUCCUCUGCUCCCCAGCUCCUCUGAUCCUCUGCUCCUCUGCUCCCCAGCUCCUCUGCUCCCCAGCUCCUCUGAUCCUCUGAUCCUCUGCUCCCCUGCUCCUCUGAUCCUCUGAUCCUCUGCUCCCCUGCUCCUCUGAUCCUCUGCUCCCCUGCUCCUCUGCUCCCCUGCUCCCUGCCUGCUGCUCCCCUGCUCCUCUGCUCCACCCUCUGAUCCUCUGCUCUCUCUCUGCUCCCUGCUCCCCUGCUCCCUUCCUCUGCUCCCCUGCUCCUCUGAUCCUCUGCUCCUCUGCUCCCUGCUCCUCUGCUCCCUGCUCCCCUGCUCCCUGCCUCCUCCUUGCUCCUCUGAUCCUCUACUCCCUCCUCUGCUCCUCUGCUCCCCUGCUCCCUGCUCUCUCUCCCUGCUCCUCUGCCUCUCCCUGCUCCUCUGACUCCUUCCUGCUCCCUGCUCCCUGCUCCCCUGCUCUCCCUGCUCCCUGCUCCUCUGCUCCUCUGCUCCCCUGCUCCCUGCUCCUCUGCUCCUCUGCUCCUCUACUCCUCUGCUCCUCUGCUCCUCUACUCCUCUGCUCCUCUGCUCCUCUGCUCCCCUGCUCCUCUUAUCCUCUGCUUCUCUACUCCUCUGCUCCUCUGCUCCUCUGCUCCCCUGCUCCUCUGCUCCUCUACUCCUCUGCUCCCCUGCUCCCCUGCUCCUCUGCUCCUCUUCUUCUGCUCCCUGCUCCUCUACUCCUCUGCUCCUCUGCUCCCCUGCUCCCCUGAUCCUCUGCUCCUCUGCUCCUCUACUCCUCUGCUCCUCUGCUCCCCUGCUCCCCUGCUCCCCUGCUCCUCUACUCCUCUGCUCCUCUGAUCCUCUGCUCCUCUGCUCCUCUGCCUCCCCUACUCCUCUGCUCCCCUGCUCCCCUGCUCCUCUACUCCUCUGCUCCUCUGCUCCCCUGCUCCUCUGCUCCUCUACUCCUCUGCUCCUCUGCUCCCCUGCUCCUCUGCUCCCCUGCUCUCCUGCUCCUCUGCUCCCCUGCUCCUCUGAUCCUCUGCUCCUCUGCUCCUCUCAUUCAUUACCAAUAAAAAUAGUUUUUAAAAACAAACUUCAAGGUUAUAUUAAUUUGCUCUAAUUUCUUUGAUGGUUUGUUGAGAUUGUAUUCAUAUGUGUGUUUAUCUUUGAUCCCAACCUGUAGUAAUGUCAAAAGCAGUGAUUACUUACCAUGAUAACAAAAUAUAGCCUACUGUAUUUUAGGUAAUCUUUAUUUAGCACACUGCUGGUGCUUAUAGUCUUGAAUUUCGCAUACACACUUAUACAGCCACCUACGGACUGA